CCUCACCGCACAACUCGAGCGCUCAGACCCUCCGGUCGCUACCACUUUUGUUGAAGAUUAAGAUAUUCUUUAAGCGCAAUUUAACCAAGUCGCUUAUUUUGUGGACUCGUGCUCGUACACGCCGCGUUAGAGGUGUAUAUGGAGAAUGGUAAUUAACCGCGUGCAUGUCAACUCGCACUUGAAGACAGAGCGGAGACUUAGUUGAUAACUUCUCUGGCAUGUGGUACUAACGUAAGAGCUCGACGUGGACCUCCUCGGACUGAACUUCGGAGAUGAUAUGGGAGACGUCUGCAGUUUGAACCUCGCGAAACUAGAGCGGCUUCGGAGCGCGGAGAUUUCCUUCAAUUUUGCGUGACAUUCGCGAACUGUGGAAUCAAUGUGGUGUCUGCCGGAAACACGCGUGGCCCGAAACUCACCUAAACGUUGACACGUCUUGGGAGUGAUGCACUGGCUUCCCCUGGUUGCCAUGGUGAUCGCCUCGGCCCUGCCUUUCCCUCAAAGUCCUGUACCCAGGCUUGUUGCCGCGACGAUAGAGCCUGGCAGAAACGACAGCAACAGCAGCAGCUAUUCAACAGCUGACAUCAGCAUCCCAGUCAACGUAACAAUGGACAACAUCUCCCAUGAUGCUGUUGUUUUUCCCAAUUUUAGCGACAGUACACACGACAAAGUUCUUCACAGGACAGUUGAUACCAACAAGCACAGCAAAGUAACGGAUAGCACGAUUACGUACGAAGAGGACCAUAUGUCCAAACGUCCAAACCAAGAGGAGCUAGAAAACAUUUUAUCUAAAAACACAAAAAAGCAGGAAUACACAGACGGAGGUAGGACUACUGGAGAAGAUGCCUCCAAAUCACAUGAUCGUAGAGAAUAUAAAUCACAGAAACAUGCCAGUUCUCAAAACAACAACAUUCUCAAGGACUAUCCACCUGAACAUACAUUUCACAAAGAAAGCCGUAAUGAGGCAGAGACUUUUCUUAAAGAUGACACACAGAGCAGGCUGAAAAAUGGGCUUGUUGAAGGUUCAAAUGUGAGGAAAGUCUCUCUGGAGAGGUUUCAAAUGCAGGACGAAAUGCUAUCGGGUGGCAGCAGCAAAGAAGAAGAGUCGCUGGAGCCUGCUGAAGAUGCGGUGGAGAUGCCAAUAAAGACUCUGAAGGAAGGCUUGGGGGCCGAACGGGGCUUCCGGUUAGAUGUAGGAAUGCGAGAAGAAGAUGAGAUGUUUUUGCUGGACGCCCAUCCCCGGGUUCUCUUCUCUUCGGCCCUCUCUCCACCCAAACACCCUCCUCUGCUUCUAAUGCUGGAGUUAGGCUUGCUGGCCGAUGAUGUUGAGGAAAGCCACGCAAUGGACGUUGCCCCACCCACACAAGGAGAGUCAUACAGAAACUUACUGCUGGGUCUCUCGGAUUCCAAUGGCCCUUCUUCAUUCCUCACAUCGUCCCACAAGCCAAGUGUCCGUCGCAAGCGCCACAUCAGCCAAAACACACAGGGACGCGAACGCUCGGUGUGUGAAGCUGAAAGCGUGUGGGUCACUGACAAGAAAACCGCAGUGGACCAGAACAAGUUAAACGUCACUAUCCUGCCAGUGAUCCAGACGCAGACGGGGCCGCUGAAGCAGUACUUCUAUGAGACGAGGUGCCGUAAGCCAUCUCAGGAGGGUAAAGGGGAGGGGCUUGGGGUGGAGGGUGCUGGCUGCUUGGGAGUUGAUAAGAAAUACUGGAUGAGUAAGUGUGAAACCAAACAGACGUACGUACGUGCACUCACGUCUGAUGUCAAUAAGAGAACAGGAUGGAGGUGGAUUCGAAUCAACUCGUCCUGUGUGUGUGUGCUGCUCACUAGAGGAUCAUACAACAGAGAGACGAAAACAGAGAGGGGAAGAGAUCGAGAAGGGAAGAGGUACAGAUAAUCUGUAUAGACUGAAGGAUGGAUUGAUAGAUGAAAGGGGCUGAAAGAACAUGUGGAUAAAAGUGUUUUAAAAAAGCGUCUAAAACCUUCCAGUGCACACAUGGUCUUCUUAGUUUGGGGGAAAUUUAUUGUCCAGAUGUGGCUGCAUUUCACUUCACAAUAAAACGUAUCGCUGUAUUCAAGUCUCGCUGAGAAGUAGUUCAGCCAAAAAUGAAAUGUACUCACCUUCAUGAUGCUCCAAUGUCCUAUGAUUUAUUUUGUCUGAAUCACAAACGAAUACAUUUAGUCUCACAGCAAAAGACAAUUGUGACCCCCAACUUCAAAUAGACAUUAAGACAGAAACAUUUUGUGUGACAUGAGGUGCUAUUGAGCACUGACCGAAAGUUUGUGUUGAACCCUUUAAGGUGUGUAAUGCUUUCUUCUCUUCUUGCUUAAAGGAACAGUUCGUCCAAAAAAGAAAGUUCUGUUUUCAUUUACUCACCCUCAAGUUGUUCCAAAUCUAAAUGUCUUUGUUCUGAUGAACACAGAGAAAGAUAUUUGGAAGAAUACUUGUAACCAAACAGUUCUUGGCCACCGUUGAUUACCAUUGUAGGAAAAAUUGUCUGUGGUCUGUUGAACACAAAAGAAGAUAUUUUGAAGAAUGUAGGAAUGCAAACAGUUCUGGGGCACCAUUGACUUCCAUUGUAACUUUUCCUACUUUGGUAGUCAAUGGUGGCCAAGAACGGUUUGUUAGAAGCAUUCUUUCUCUGUUCAUCAGAACAAAGAAAUGUAUACAUAUUUGGAACAACUUGAGGGUGAAUAAAUAAUGAUAGAAUUAAAAAUUUUGGGUGAAUGGUUCCUUUAAUGCGGAUAGACAACAUAAACCAUUUGUUGUUGACUUAAACAUUUGAUCAAACAAUCGUGUUGAGUUUGUGGCUGUUUAUCCAGCAAAUGGCAUAUAUGGGUGGAUGUUUGAUAAACAUUCCAAAUGGUGAUUCAUUGGCACCUAAAUGAAACACUUUACUUUUAGGUUAGUAUCUUCACAUUGCUGUCAUCACAUUGGUCCUUGUCUUCCACCUUCCUCUAGGCCAGUGUUUUUGUAAACCUGUAAACUCACCCAAACAAGACAAACCUCAAUAAUGGGAACUAGGUCAGAUCAGUUUUAUCUAUACUUUUUAUACCAGUGUUUUGUAUUUUAUCUAUACAAUAAAUUAUUACUUUUAGUAUGUAAGCUUAUGAUAUUAAUAUAUUUCUUUACAAGUGUACAAUGUUUGAAACACAUUCAUCAUUGCAAGUAUGAAAAUAUGUGUAUUUAUAAAAAAGUUACCGUGAUCAGCUGAAUUUUUAUUAAAGGUAUUGUAUUGGGUGCGAGACCUUUAAAAGACCCAAACAUGUGCCUCAUGGGAUUCAGUGUCUUUUGCAUCUUAGUAAUAUGGUUGUGCACAUGUACUGUCCAGUUUGAGAACUGACAAUACAGAAAAAUUUGAUGACACGGACUGUCACAAUACCUGUUUACUGUAUUAAGAAAGCUACGUAGUUCAUUUUAUGUGGGUUUGAUUUUAUUUUCACAUUGAGUCAUUGUAAUAAAGUAUUAUAAUCUUUGUAAAAUAGAUAGCCUAGUACUUUUGUAUAUGAAAAUAAAACUUUUUAAAGUGAA